AUGUCCGCCGCCAAGGCUCCGGCUCAACCUCCGCCGGUGAAGCUUUCCCUCCCGCUGGAAUACCAACAGAGCGUGUUCCAGGAGCUCCGCGCCGAUGAUCAACUCAUCAUUAUUGCCCGAGGCCUGGGGCUCAUGAGGCUCGUUACCAAUUUGCUGCACUCAUAUGAUGCGGCUGGCAACAACCUGGUCCUUGUGGUCAACGCCGACGAGCGCGAGAUUGGCUGGAUCGGAGAGGCGCUUGCUGAGCAUGCCGCCAUAAGUGCGAGUCCCCUGGCGCGCGGCCUGACCGUCGUCAACACUGACUUCACCAAUGUAGGCCAGCGUGAGCGGCUGUAUGCCGGGGGCGGCAUCUUUAGCGUCACAUCUCGCAUCUUAGUCGUCGACCUGCUCACAGGCCUGUUGGAUCCGGUCUCCAUCACCGGUAUAGUGUUGCUACAUGCCGACAAGGUUGUGGCAACUUCGCUUGAGGCCUUCAUCUUGCGUAUCUACCGCCAGAAGAACAAAGUUGGUUUUCUCAAGGCCCUCUCGGACAAUCCCGAAGCGUUCACCUAUGGCUUUGCUCCGUUGGCCACCAUGAUGCGCAACAUGUUCCUGCGCAAGGCGUCCCUCUGGCCGCGGUUUCACAUAUCUGUCGCCAAGUCCCUAGAGGGAAAGAAGACGGCCGAGGUGGUUGAACUUGAAGUUCAAAUGACGGAAGCCAUGAACACCAUCCAGACGGCCAUUAUGGAGUGUGUGGAGGUUAGUAUCCACGAGCUUAAGAAGGGCAACUCGGGUCAGCUCCUUGAUAUGGAGGACUGGAACCUCGACAGCGCUCUCACGCAGAACUUUGACGUCAGCAUCCGGCGCCAGCUCAACCCGAAUUGGCACCGGGUCAGCUGGAAGACGAAGCAAAUUGUUGGGGAUCUUACUGUAUUGCGUGGGAUGCUGCACUCAGUUGUAUCAUUAGACGCUGUCUCGUUUUUGCAGCUGCUAGAUACCAUCCACGCCGCCCAUAAGCCGCCACCAGGCUCAACCAGACAGACACAGUCACCUUGGUUGUUCCUAGAUGCUGCGCAGACCAUAUUCGAAACGGCGAAGAAGAGAGUUUAUGCCGCCAGCAACACUAGGUCUGUCACUUCGGGGACGGAAAUAGGUACAAACGCUUCUCUUGACUCUCUACAACCAGUACUGGAAGAGCAGCCAAAAUGGUCUGUAUUAGCCGAUGUUCUGACUGAGAUCGAGCGCGACACGUACUUCGAGCCUACAUCGCGAGGUGAUUCCAACGGAACAAUCCUAAUCAUGUGCUCUGAUACCAACACUUGUCGGCAGCUCCGUGAUUUCCUUCAGUUCAUGUACGUAAAACCACGGAGCGAGCGUAAGCUCGACAAGUCGGCAGCCAUAAAGGGGGAAGAUGAUGAGGAACCAUCGGCAGCUUAUCUUAUGCGUCGGAAGCUGCGCAACUAUCUGAAGUGGAAGCGAGAGUUUGCGCAAGUCAACGCCACCCUCUUUGCCGAAAACCAAAGGGCCUUAUCCAACGCCACAGACUCGAGGGGUUCCGGCCGUGCACCCCCAAACAAGCGACGCAGAGUUCGCGGUGGCGGGUCAGUGAAUGUUGGUGGCGCCAGGGCUGACAAUGGCAGCAUAAACCAAUACUUUGAGAAGCCAGGUGAAGUGGCGGAGCUCAUGGCAUCGGUCCAGCUGAACGGCGAGGAAGAGGAGCAGGCGGAACAAAAGGUCGACGUCAUGGCCGUACCCGACGCUCUGGAGAACAUGGACGAUUACUACGAGCUUUACGAGAUGCAAGAUCUCGUGGUAGUUCACGCCUACGAUGGUGACCAGGACGAGCAUGUACUCGAGGAAGUCAAGCCCCGUUACGUCGUCAUGUAUGAGCCCGAUGCGUCCUUUAUCCGACGCGUCGAGGUUUAUCGGAGCUCACACAAUGACCGCAACGUGCGUGUCUACUUUAUGUAUUACGGUGGCUCCGUAGAAGAGCAACGGUACCUGUCGACGAUCCGUCGCGAGAAGGACUCAUUCACCAAGCUCCUGAAGGAGCGCGCAUCAAUGGCCAUUACCAUCACUACAGACCCGCACGGUGCUCCAGACGACCCCCAGGAGGCAUUUCUCCGGACAGUCAACACGCGCAUUGCAGGCGGUGGGAGAAUGACGACCAAGGCAACUGCGGAACCGCCACGCGUUGUGGUUGAUGUGCGAGAGUUUCGUUCGUCUCUGCCGUCACUCAUCCAUGGUCGGUCUUUGGUAGUCGUGCCGUGCAUGUUGACGGUCGGCGACUACAUCUUGUCGCCAAAUAUCUGCAUCGAGAGAAAGUCCAUCUCUGACUUGAUCUCGUCUUUCAAGGACGGCCGGUUGUUUGGGCAGUGUGAAUCCAUGUUCCAGCACUACAAAAACCCGAUGUUACUUAUUGAGUUUGACCAGAACAAGUCUUUCACGCUUGAGCCAUUUGCGGACUUGUCGGGUACUCUGAACAGCAUCCGGCCCUCAGCUCAGCCAUCGGAUCUACAAUCUCGUCUUGUGCUCCUCACGCUGGCGUUUCCCAAGUUACGCAUCAUUUGGUCCUCAUCGCCCUAUGAGACCGCCGAGAUAUUCGAGCGGCUCAAAGCACAGGAGCCCGAGCCAGAUCCCAUAGCAGCCGUCAGAGCGGGGUUGGACGGCUCUACGGGGGUUGGCGAUGACCAACCGUUUAAUACGGAGCCGCAGGAGAUGCUUGGCAUCGUGCCGGGGAUCACGCCCAAGAACAUUAAGGCGAUCACGGCCCAGGUUGAUAAUCUGAGGGAUAUAGCAAAUAUGCCACUCCCAGAGCUGGAGGUCGUGGCUGGCAAAGAGGUCUCUCGACAGGUUUAUGGGUUCUUUAACAAGGAUGUGAUAGAAGAUGUUGACGACGACUAG